UCCACCGAUUCUUUCUGUUUCCACUCUUUAGGUUCCCUUCGAAACUAAGCUAAGCUGCCCUAAUAAAGCCUUCUCUCCCGUCGUCUCUGCGUCUCUGCUUGAAGUAUGUCAGAAGAGGUUGAGUAUCGGUGUUUUGUUGGUGGCCUUUCAUGGUCCACAUCUGACAGGGGUCUGAAGGAUGCAUUCGAAAAGUUUGGGCAUCUUCUUGAGGCAAAGGUAGUAGUGGACAAGUUUUCUGGUCGCUCUCGUGGAUUUGGAUUUGUCACUUUUGACGAGAAGGCAGCAAUGGAAGAGGCCAUUGCUGCAAUGAAUGGAAUGGAUUUGGAUGGGCGAACUAUAACUGUUGAUAAAGCGCAGCCUCACCAAGGAUCAGGGAGAGAUUAUGAUGGUGACCGUGGGCGUGACCGGGAACGUGGACGUGAUCGUGACUUUGGUGGUGGACGUGGAUCUAAUGGUGGCGAGUGUUUUAAGUGUGGAAAGCCUGGACAUUUUGCUAGGGAGUGUCCUAGUGGUGGUGGUGGUGGUAGUGCUAGGGGGGGCAGGUAUGGUGGUAGGGAUGAUCGUUAUGGUGGUGGUGGUGGUGGUGGCGGUGGUGGUCGUUAUGGUCCUGACCGGAAUGGUGAUCGAUAUGGUGGGCGCAGUAGGGAUGAUGGUAGUCGUGGAGGACCUGGGGGUGAUAGAUACAAUCGCGAUAGAUCUGGUCCAUAUGAGCGCCGUGGAUCAGGAGGCUUUCGUUCUGGAUAAGAUGAUGAACUGGGGUGGUGAAGCAGCUGCUUGUCCUGUCUUUGAAGCAUGAAGUUUCCUUGUACAGGAUGCGUCCCCUUCGUUGUUGUCUGGGUGGAACAAUCUAUUAGUUCUGUGAAACUUGGCACAAAUUUUCAACUAUUUCUGUGUUCCUAAACUGCUCUAUUCAAUGUUUUGGUCGGAUGGAGUCUUGUGCUUUCUUGACAUGCGCUUUCAAAUUUGGUCUUGUACUCUGUGAAUGCUCAUUUAUUGCGACUCAUGCAUGAUCCGCAUCAAAUGCCAUAUUUCUGUUCAGCUUCCCGUUGACUUUUAUGUUUGCACACAAUUGCAAAUGGGAAGGCAGUUUGUCUUUGCAUGGGUAUUUGGAGAAGUGAUGGGGAGGGUUCCGUUCCACCAUUGGGAUUUUGAUUCUUCUCACUUGGGAAUAGAAACCAUCUUUAGAAGUAAAUGCCCAUUUUGGUUGCCCUGUUUACAGUGUGCUACUAAAUAAACAGGAAUCAAGCGGGAACUUCAGCUUAUUUGUGGCCUUAAUGGGUACAUGAUUGCGUUUCUUUGUUGCUUUGGACAUGGUUUUAUAAUCUUUAAAAUUCUCAGUCUUUUGGGACGCUACAAAAGGUCUUCGUGUUAACUGAUUAUAAAUCCACUAUCAACGUUCUUGGGCGCUGAUGGGGAUGGAAGAGUUCUGUUUUUGUGUAAACUCGUGGCAGGUUGUUGGGAAGCUCUUUGAUGAACUAGUUAGCAACUGCUGUUAUUCUUUCUCAUGAGUUGGUAUCAUGUAGCCCUAUCCGGUCUGAAGAUUGUGAUUCUAGUCUUUAAUUGU